UUUGUUUGGCUUUUAAUGCUAAUUGGCGAGAUAAAUCUUCACAAACACUGGAUGAAAAUGUUUCUUAUUGGGUAGAUUGAGAAGAUUCAAAGCAGAUUAAAAAGAAUAGCAUUUUGAAGUGAUCAAAUCAGAACUUGAGAAAAGAUUAUGAGACGAUGCCUAUGUGACAUUUGCUGGCAAAAAAGACCCUAUUAGUUCCUCCUUGGGAACUUAUUCUGUUUCAUCCUCUCUUCCAUAUCAGUUCCAUAAUCCUACAACAAAAACUGCUUGUAUAAAAGCAUUUUGUACAGAAUGGAAACGGAUGUCGAAUACCUCAAGAAAUGUAUGGGAAAAUGCUUGGCGGCUGGACUUGCUGAGGUGGCAGACCGUCAGCCGGAGGAUCCAAUCAUUUUCCUGGCACAUUGGCUUUACAACUACAAUGAAAGAAGAAAUUACGAAGAAAAGAUGAAGGUAGAGAGAGCUCAGCUGGAACGUGAAUAUGAGGAUGCCAUUAAAGAAUUGGAGAGGAGAAGAAAACUGAAAGCAGAAGAAAUUCUAGUUGCCCAGAAAUAUGAAGAACAGCAGAUGAAGAAAUGUAAAGAGAAAGACGUCAACAUUCCUAAAGAAUAUGAAACCGGAGCAUCAAAGGAUACAUUAAAAGAGAAACAGAAUCAAAAUGACCUAAAUAUGUUAAAGAAUGUGUUGAAUGAGAUACCUGGGGAAGUUGCAACUAAUGUAACUCUUCAGGAAGCCUUGCCUGAGAUAACUGUUGAUGAGGAUUUUGAUCAUGUUACCAUGGACAUGGAUGACAGAGAAAAAAAUCAGUUGGAAUAUUAUAAAAUCAUGGAAAAUGAAGAUGAUAUACCUUCAGAAAAUCACAGUUCAGAUGAGGAAUACAGGUCUAGUUCAGACCUAAACUGAGAUUGACUGUACAGUGUUUCUCAAAUUUUCUUGGAGGUAAGUCCCAAUGAGUUAAAGAGGGCUUUGACCCAACACAUUGUGUGCAAGAGUGUAAUGUUAAAUGAAGACGCGUCAGUUAGAGUAGGGAUUUGUUUCAUUGGUUUGAUUUGCAGUGCUUUGAACAUGAUUCAUGGUAAUAUUUUACCUCUGGGAAGUACAGUUUCCCCAACUACUUCAUCAACCAUCAUGAACUUGGGUAGAAAAGUAAUAAUACUUCCAUUACUAAGGUAAGAAAUGAGAAUGUAGUGAUUCGCAGAAUGGGUUUUCUAUGAUACGCAGGCCAACAUAUUCAAGUGGGGGGGGGGGGCACAGAUUCAGGUACAGAAAGAAAAUGUGUGCACUACAGGGUAAUAGACUUCCACCCUACACACAUACAUACACACACACAUUGAAAACAAUAAGAGAACAAGAGGGGAUUUUGUGGAAGAGGAGAAAGUAUACAUUCACUCAAGAGAUGUGGAAACUUGUGCAGGUUUUCCCCCAUUCAACAAUCUAAUAAAAAAGCCUGUAUAGAAAGGGUUUAUUUUCUUUAAAAUUCCUAACAAAAUUCUUGCUUGCCCUUCUCAUGUUCAUUCCAGGAAAGGGAACAAGAACUGUUAGAAGUGCUGUAGGGUUCUCCAACAAUUUAACCCAGGUUUAUGGACAUCAGUAGGUGCUUGGGGCCACUUCAUAAAAUAGUCAAUGAUUUACUACAACCCCCCCCCCCCCCCAAAAAAAAACAACCCUUGUUAGAAUCAUAGAAUUGGAAGAGACCCCAAGGCUAUCCACUCCAACCUGCCAUGCAGGAACACAGAAUCAAAGCACCUCCAGCAGAUGGUCAUCCAGCUUGAGAACCUCCAUAGGUGGUGGUGGUUAAUGAUGUUGAUGAUUAUGUAUUAUUAAUUAUAGUAAUACUGACCUGCCUCUCCUCAAAGCCUGAGGUGAGUUAUAACACAGUUAAAAUUAACAGAUAAAAUAUACAACCAUUAUAAUACAUAUAUUAAAUAUAUACCCUGUUUCCCCUAAAAUAAGACAUCCCCAGAAAAUAAGACCUAGUAGAGGUUUUGCUGAAUUGCUAAAUAUAAGGCCUCCCCUGAAAGUAAGACCUAGCAAAGUUUUUGUUUGGAAGCAUGCCCGCCAAACAGAACAUUACAGCAUGCAGAAUUGGUAAACAUACAUACCAUAGAGUGUUGUACAUGGAAAUAUUGGUAGUAACAAGAAAUUAUAGGAUUCACAGUUUGUCUGGUUAUGCUGGUUUGUGAUGACAAUUACUGUUCAGUAUAUAAUAAUGUUCAUUUUUUGUUCAAUAAUAAAUGUGAAUUCUUCUUCAUGGAAAAAUAAGACAUCCCCUGAAAAUAAGACCUAGUGCAUCUUUUGGAGCAAAAAUUAAUAUAAGACACUGUCUUAUUUUCGGGGAAACACGUAGAUACUGUAUUUGUACCAAUAAAAUGUAAAUUGAAAUUCAUAGAUUCAAACUGAUUGGAUAGGCCUGCCAGAAGAUAGAAGUUUUCAGUUGUAUCUUAAAUUUCAAUAGCUUGUUAGCUGUCAGAGCUCUUCUGAGAGGUUGUUCCACUGCCUCGGGGUUGCCUAUGAAAAGAUCCUCUGGAUGAUGGUUGCCAGUCGAGUUCUGGCUGGUUGAAAUAAGUAUUUCCCCAGAGAACCUGAGUCUUAAGGGACAGAUUAUAUGGGAAAAGGUGAUCCUGUAUGUAACCAUGUAGGAUAUUAAAGGUAAUAACCAACAUUUUGGACUUUGCCCAGAGGGGAAAAUAACAUGGAAAUCAAAGAGAUAAUAUUCUCACAUCACAAAAAAGAGAUGUGCAACAUAUGCCGUCACACACAGGCACCUUUUAGAGCUUUAGGAUGUGCUUCUUCCUUUGCCCAGGUGAACUGCGGGGGCCUUACUUAGAAGCUCUGGAAAUCCCAGUAACCAAAGGCACUUCAAGUAGAACAAUCAAACAAAAUUUUAUUUUCACAAAGUCCUUGGAAGACUUGGUACAUGUAAUUAAAGUUGCAAAUAAAAACAGUCCACUUAUAAAACCUU